GCUUUUUUACCGAGGAUUUGGCUAGACUGGUGGGUUGGGAUACAGUUUGAUUACGCAUCGCUUAUCCUUUUGCGCAAGGGCUUGUGGUACGGAAUAGGUUAUCGUGGUUCUGGAUUCGGCUUGGCUGGCAGGAUGACCUUGCUUUAGACCCACUGGUAUCUGCUUUUGUUCUCCGUAUGGAGCGCUGGUGUGUCAUGGUAUUUCGAUAGAGUUGUAUUGCUCGUAUAAUGAUUAUAUAUAAAUGACAGUAUGGAGUAUGUAUAUAUACGAGCCCGAGGUCUUGGAGUUGAGGAUGGGGUUGAUGGUGUAGGCCGGCCAUUUAUCUGGUCAAUACUAUACCGCUAUUCUGGUUUCAUCUGUCAUUUUUCUUUUGAACUUGCUAUAUCGUGUAAAUCAAUGAGCAAUAAACAGCCUCUUGCGGGGGGCACCGUCCCUAAUGAAGUCGGUUCCGCAGCGCGACUCAGCCAGGCGACACUCUCAAAGACCCCUGACGCUCGCAUCCAGCAGCUCAUCCAUCAAAUCAACGAUCACGGCUACGCCAUCAUCCCCAACGCCUUCCCCCCCUCGAUAGUCGCUGAGGCGAAAGCUGAAGUCGCGCGGCUGACGGCGGAUCCCGAGAUGGUCGGGCCGGCGGGGGAAAAGGGCCGGAACACGUUUGAAGGGUACAAGACGCAGCGGCUGUACGCGCUGGCGAACAAGUCGCGCGUGUUUGACGGCUUUGCGCUGCAUGGGGAUGUGCUUGCGCUGAAUGAUUACUUUUUGGAUCCUGGGUAUUUGAUUAAUUCGUUUCAGAGUAUAAAUAUCUUGCCGGGGGAGAGUGCGCAGACGUUGCAUUAUGAUCAUGGGUAUGUGACGAUGGAGAGGCCUCAUAAGCCGGUUGGGACGGGCGUCAUGAUUGCGCUGGAUGACUAUACAGCUAACAAUGGCGCAACGGUCAUUGUCCCCGAUUCGCAUCUUUGGGAUUCUCACCGCGUGCCUUCAGCCGAGGAAACGAUUCCCGUCAUCAUGCCGGCCGGCAGCAUGCUGUUCUUCCUCAGCACGUUAUGGCACGGCGGUGGUGCGAAUACGAGCGAUGGGAGCAGAUUGGCGUUGACGGCGCAGUACUGCCAGCCGUGGAUCCGGCCGAUGGAGAAUCAGAUCCUGGCGGUGGACUGGGAGAAGCUGGAUGACAUUCCGGAGAGGCUGGUGGACAUGCUUGGGUAUAAAGUUGGGAACCCGUUUCUUGGGUUUGUGGAUGGGGGGAGUCCGAGGGCGGCGGUGGGGAGGCUGUUGAAGAAGUAUAAGGGGAUUGCUGAGGCGAAGUUGUGAUGGGCUGGGAGUGUUUUUUACAUUGGAGUUUUUGUUGGAUUGGUUUGUGUUACGGUAAUGACUUCAUGGUUUCAAGAUGGGAAGAGUGGUGUUGUGUUGUUUGGCGUUUGCAACUGUAGAUACAUGUACACGUAGCUUGUACAAUCAAUAUGUUGAAUAAGUAAAGGGGUCGUUUAUGGCCAUCUGAAGCUGCG